AUGGCUGCAGGUUUCAUUGCUCCUCCGUGGCUAGGCCGCAAGCGGACCCAUCCGGGUCUCCCUCUUUCCUGUGGCCGGGGAGUUAAUCGGUCUUCAGUGCUGCCGAUGCACCCUUUUGUGUUGGCAGGAAGAGAAAUACUGAGCGGGAAAGAGAAACGGCCAAAGAGGACAAGGUUAAGAGGAGAGAGGGCGAAAGCCGGCUCAGAGAUGGGAUUGGGAAUAAAAGUGCACCAAAGGCUUCUUCCAUGGCAAAGCAUGAGAGUGGUCUAUUGCAGUACUGUAGUGCCCUCUGAUGAUGUAACAGUGGUUUAUCAAAACGGGUUACCUGUGAUAUCUGUGAAUCUUCCAUCCCGCCGUGAGCGUUGCCAGUUUACACUUAAGCCUAUCUCAGACUCCGUUGGAGUGUUCUUACGACAGCUACAGGCAGAGGACCGGGGAAUCGACCGAGUUGCCAUCUACUCACCAGAUGGCACACGAGUAGCCUCUUCAACAGGCAUAGAUCUUCUACUCCUUGAUGAUUUCAAACUAGUAAUUAAUGACUUGACUUACCAUGUUCGUCCACCAAAGAGAGACCUUUUAAGCCACGAAGACGCAACCACGCUGAACGAUGUAAAGACACUGGUUCAGCAGCUGUACACUACACUAUGUAUUGAGGAACACCAGCUGAAUAAGGAGAAGGAGCUCAUUGGGCGGCUAGAAGACCUCAGGCAGCAACUAGCUCCCCUGGAGAAGGUUAGAAUGGAAAUCUGCAGAAAAUCGGAAAAGAGGACCACCUGGGUGCUGUGGGGUGGGCUGGCUUACAUGGCCACUCAGUUUGGGAUUCUGGCCCGACUCACCUGGUGGGAGUACUCUUGGGACAUUAUGGAGCCUGUUACCUACUUCAUCACGUACGGUAGUGCCAUGGCAAUGUACGCAUACUUCGUAGUAACGCGCCAGGAGUAUGUAUACCCAGAUGCCAGAGACAGGCAGUACUUAUUAUUUUUCCAUAAAGGAGCCAAAAAGACACGUUUUGACCUAGAAAAAUACAAUCAACUCAAGGAUGCUAUUGCUCAGGCAGAAUUGGAUCUCAAGAGGCUUCGAGACCCUUUGCAGGUACAUUUGCCUGUCCGACAAAUCAGCGCUAAAGACUGAUUAGCUGAGGACCUCGGAUCCCUCGCAGAAAUGGCAAACCUGUUCAUAUCUCUCGCCUCUUCAACUAACGCAUUGCAGGUGGAAGCUGGGAGGUCUCCUGGGGGCAGAGGACUUUUUUUUUUACCAGUGAAAACAGAACAAGGAUCUUGCCUGGGGAGGGGGCCAUUGAAUUCAAUCAGAAGAUCAGGCACUGUGGGACGUUAAGUUUUUUCAAAGGGCUUGGCGAAUAUUGACACAUUCAAACGUUCUUUGUUUCUAGAUGGAAAAAGUAUAUAUUUUGAAGUUGGGCAUUUCAUGAACGGAAUGUUAGGAGGGGCAUAUCUUUCCAGCUUUGCAGUGUCUGCCUCUUGAUGAUGCAGCAGCA